UGACGUUUAUUCCUGAGAGUUUAUUAUCUUAAAAUGUACAGGUGUGGGGAUGAUGGGAGUUGUAGUUCAGCACCAUCUGCAAGGCCAAAGGAUCCCUGCACCUGGAAUUCGGAAACGUCGGCUGGGGCACCACCUACCUUCCAAGCUAACGGAAUCAUUUCCAGGUUAACGUUUUGAGGAUGAGUGCUAUUAGAAGAGACGUUCUUCAGUUGCCACGAACCUCCUGGGCCAGCAGAGGGCGCUGCGCCAGAGCCUUGCGAAGGAAGUGCAAGGUGGCCUCUGAAGGUGUAGAACAUAGACCCGAGAAAUGACAAAGAAGGCUGACUCGCUGGGCUGCUUUCAAGGACACUUCGUCGCUCCCGAAAUUCAGAGGGGCCGAAUUGGUUUGAUUUAUAUCCUGCCCUUCCUCCAAAAGAAACAUGUCAGUACUAAAAACAAUGCAAGAAAAACUUCUAAAAAGACCCAACCAGUUAAAAACUGCUCAAAUUAAUGGAUAAACUCAGAAUAUAUCAGCAUAGCUCUGUUCCAUACCCCCCCAAAAUAAAAAGGGGUGGCAGUGGCAGUCUCAAGCGAGCUUGCAGAGCUGUAAGGAGACCUUUCGGUAUAGAGUGACGAAAACUAAUUUAUUAUUCUUCAAUGUAUGAGUCAUUUACAGCAUAUAAAGUCUCCGUCCCAAGCUACCCUGCAAAGCUUUGAAAACAUAAAAGACAGCAUUGUAAGUCGCUUGGAGACCCUUGGGCGUAAAGCAACUAAAAAUUAAUAAUAACGGCAACAACAUAGAAUCAAAAAGGGAGGAAGAAGAUAAAUGCACAAAGAUUGAUGCACGGAUUUCUAGGGAUAGAUCGCACUUCCAGCCCGAAUUCCAACGGGGGAAAGUUGCUUUACAAAAGCUUCUGAUGGUGAACCAGGAAAUAGCCAACCUAGGGAGCAGGGAGGGCCGCUCUAUCCCUUCGUAGCUCCGUGGUGCCUGGAGAAGCUGUGAGGAGCCGCUGCAAUGGUGAGCAGAGAGCCGAGUUAGGGAGCUUGCUGGCGGGGGGGAGUGCAAUGGGGCCGGGGGCUUCUCUCUGCCCUGGGCCUCUCUUUGGAAGCUGCAGGAAGGCAGCUGCAAACAAUGGAGAAAUUUAAAAAAGGAGGGGGGAGGCCUUUGCUGCAAACCCAAAAUUAAGAAAUAAAAAGUGCGCAGCGCGCGGCGAAACCAGCAGUGGCCACCGGAGGGCGCGCGAGACCACGAGGAUGCAUUAAUUAAUGAUUACUUUGCGAGCCCCACAUGAACGGAUUGUUCGUUUUAGGAAGCUCCUUUAUCCCGAAUCUACACUGACUGGCAGCAGCUGCCCAGGGUCCUCAGCAAGGGCUUUUCCCACCGUGGGAAAUGUGGAGGAUUGAACCUGGGCCUGCUCUGCAACUGAGCGUAGGCCCUUCCACUAAGAAGAAAGCAAGUUCCUAGUCCUCACGGUUCUGAAUAAAGGGAUAGGUUAAAUAUGAGCCAUGAGAAGUGUUUUAUACUGAUCAUAGGUCCAACCAGCUCAGUAUUCUCAACACUGACUGGCAGCUGUAUGGCCUCUCAGUCCCAGGUGCUGAGGAUUAAAAAUGCAGGGAAGCCAAUGGCCUUUGAAGACCCUCAUACUCUCCUGGGGGGCAUCCCAACAUUAUUUGCCUGGCUAGGAACACAGGGAGCUGCCUUAUAUUGAGCCAGACCACUGGUCCAUCUAGCGCACUACUGUCUGCACUGACCGGCAGCAGCUCUCCAGGAUUUCAGGCAGGGAGACUCACCCAGCCCUUCCUGGGGAUGGAAUGUGGGACCUUCUGCAUGCAAAGCAAGUGUCCUGCCACUGAACCACAGUCACUUGUUCAGUUGGAGGAGGAGGUGCAAGCCUUGGUGCGCCGGUUCUACGCCCUGCAGAGCGAGCGCGUGGAAGCCUACCACCUCUUCGAAGAAGGCCACCGGGCCUAUCUCAGAAGCGGCCCCGCCUACGACUUUGCCCGCUACCGCCAGCUGGUCCACGAGAUCACCCAAGCCUUCAGCGGCAUCUCACGGGACAUUCUGCAGAUUAAGGGGCAGCUGGAGGGGCCCCACGGGCGCCCGGACCUCGCUCAGCACCUAGGACGCAUCCAGGAGAAAGAGAAGGAGAAGCUGGAGCUGACAGCGCAGCUGCAGCUCGCCAAACAAAAUGCCCAGGACCAUCCCGGCGUGGAAGCGCAUGCGCAAGAGGUGCGGGAGGUAAAGCACAAUAACCCAGAGCACGUUGAUCCAAGAGCGCCUCCGUGACCGUUUUCUGCUGCCACCCACCUCUUAGUCCAUCAGCACCCAUCGUCAUCUCAACACGUGCGACAAAUAUCUACAGACAAAGCAAACGGAUCAUUAUCUUGGAAACCCUCUUUUUGACCCAAUGAGAAUGGAAGUCACAUCUCCCAUGAUCUCCCCUUUGCAUCGCGGCUGAAUUUCCUGUAACGCCUAGCGCAGAGGGGCAGAAUCUUGGGAAGAUCCCUUAUGCUGUAACCCAGGCAACAGGGAUGUCUUUUCAGGGGGGCAGGAGGGGGAUAUUGUGGCCUUGUGGAAACCGGGCAGCUGUGAGAUUCAGAGCCUUUUGCCCCAGAAUGAGGCUCUGUUACCAUUUGCGCCCAGGCGGCUGCGUGCAAAUUUGGGGCAAGGGUCUGGAUACAAGACACCCAGGGGUGCCCUCCUUUUUGGAGAAGAGGCCCCGCACGGGGGUCUUCCGAGACCAUGCCCAACCUCUCCUCUUCCCAGAUUGCUCAGUGUUGGCUUUUGAAAUUGUUGGCUCCUCUUGUAAGUUCCUCUUGUAAGCGUUUCAUAAACAAGCACCGAGGGCUGCGAGGGAGGUGGAUGGGGCAGGAGCGCAGGCGAGAGCGUGGCUAAUCGGCUCCAUAUGCUCCUUUAUUUAUUGUUUCCAUCCGGCU